AGAGAGACAACAACACAACACUCAUAGACAUAGACAGCACUGAAAUGGCGAUCGUUGUGCCACUCAAGCACUCCAUCACCACUGAUCCACAGCUCAAGAAGUGCCACAUUGGCCACCAAUGGCCUCCAUGACUACCAUAACGUACGGGUGUUGUCUCACCACCACUUGACCACCGAUACCACCAAUCGGACACAAGAAUGCCGACCGAUUCUGUCGAAUGUGUUUCGAUGUCAUCAUAAUUGUCACCGAAUGGAGUCCACCGAAAGAGUGGUCACAUUAAUACCGGCGAUGGUAUCGGACCAGAGAUGUCGAGCACUUAAAGAGAUUGUGACGAAUUUCAAGUUAACAAGUACACCUAAGACUUAA